AUUCGCUUUUAUAUUUUUAUUAACUUUAAUUCACGAAUACUAUAUGGUUGAAGUAAAAAAUAAAAUUUACAAAUUGAAUUAAAAUGAGUGGUAUAAAAACAAGAAAAAAGACAAGCACAGCAAUGUCUGACUUAAUAGGAAAAGGUAGAGACUUUAUUCCAUCUGAACUACCAACUUAUGGUGCUGUUCUUCGAAAAGCUAUCCUCAUUAAAGAGUUGUCAGAAAAAAAAGUAUAUCCAUUAGAUGAUUUGGUUAGGGAAACAAGGUUAGAAGUUGUUAAACAAUGGAAAAAAGCAAACUCUGACUUUUCACAUCCAGUUAUUUUUACAGAUAAGUCCAUUGACAGAAAGAUCAAAAAAAUUUACAAUGAUGUUCAGGAUAUUUGCAGAAAAAGAUUAACUAAAAAAGUAGAAAUUGACAAAAUAAUGAAGUCUUUGUCACGACUCUUUGAUAUAACUAACUGCAAAUGUGCAAUUUUAUUCUGUAGUGAAUCAAGUUGUCUGGGAUGUGAAAAAAAAGUUCAUAUUGACUGUAAAUGUGAAAAGUCAAUGAGGAUUCCUAUAAUAGAAUUAGAAUUUAUUCACUCACAGAGAAGUAAAGAAGGAGAGCAGUCUCAAAUUAUGAUAGGAUCAAAAGACUACAUAGAGACUAAAAGGAAGCGAAAGGCAUUUGAGCAAUGUAGUAAGAAGGAACAGAGUUUAAAAAAGUUUAAAAAAAAGAUGAUAAAUAGUAGCCAUUCAAAAAGAACCUAUGCUGAGGUUUCAGAAAAAAGUAAUGAUGAAGAAGAGUGCUCUAAAAAUGAGUUUAAAUGUUCAAGUUACGCUGAACAUAUUGAUUUAUUAAACAAAAGUGAUGAUUUCAAACUAAAGCGAAAUUAUAUGAAGAUUCAAAAUACUGCUAUUGCUGCAAUAAGAUAUGAAGUUUCAAACACUGCUGCAGCUGCAAUAGCUUCAGGAUUUUUAAAAGAUUUGGUAGAAGCUAAAGUUGUUCCAGAAUCAGCUCUUUUUUUAUUACUGGACAAAAACAAAGUGCAUAGAGCCUAAGAUAAAGUUAUGUCAGAAUGUCAGGUUUUUGCAGAGAAUAGAUUAGAUUCUGAGAAUGUUUCUUGCAUUCUCUUUGAUGGAAGAAGUGACAAAACCAAUUUAAUGACAUUUAAUGAAGAAACCAAAAAGUUUUAUCCUUUAAUUAAAAAAGGAAGAUCACUAUACUUUGACUGAUGAAUAUGGUAGAUAUCUUCAUCAUUUUACGAAAGGAGAAAUGUGUGAAAAAUCAAAAAUUAAGCCUGCUGAACAUAUAGCAAAUCAAAUAUUUCAAUGGUCUAUUUUGCAUUGUGUUGAACAUAGCUUAAAGUUCAUUGGUUGUGAUAGCACAGCUACAAAUACAGGCCAUAAUGGCGGUGUUAUUCAUUGUUUAGAAAUUAAAUUAGAAUGAAAAUUAGGGUGGCUAAUAUGCUCUCUUCACACAAACAAACUUUGUUUUUGGCAUUCAGUAGAAGAGCUUGAUGGGAAGACAACCUCAAAGACAGGGUUUACUGGACCAAUUGGUAAGUUGCUUUUCAAGGUUACUGAAAUGGAAAGAAAUUACAGUUUCAAGCCAAUAUUUUUAGGUCCUGGUUUAAUUGAACUUGAUGAGGAAAUAAUAAAGGAGUUGUCUUCAGAUCAGAAAUAUGCUUAUAAAAUAUGCCAGACAGUAAUUUCAGGAACUUUUACUGAAGAUUUGGCAAACCAAAAACCAGGCACUAUAGUUCAUUCAAGGUGGCUCAAUACAGGGUCUUCCUUACUUUUAUUGUGGAUAAGCAAGCAUGGGUUAGAGGGAGAUGUCCUAAGAAACUUAGAAUUAAUUGUUAAGUUUCUUGUAUCAGUAUACUUCCUUAUGUGGUUCCAAAUCAAAGUGAAACAUACCUGGAUAGAAGGGCCACGGCACAUCUUGAACCAACUUAACCUUAUCAAACUUCAAGAUAAAAAUGUACAAAAAGUUAUUGAAAAAUAUGUGAGAUCAUCAACAUGGAAUUCUCAUUCUAAAAUCUUAUUGCAGACAUUACUUUGCAGCCAAAAUAAAAUUGAAAGGGAAUUUGCUGUGAACAAAAUUUUAGAAAUUAGAAAAUAUGAGGAAACAGGAACUCUAGCUCCUAGAACAUAUUAGCUUCCUCAUUUAAACCUGUGUGCAACCAAAUUGAUUGAGUUAAUAACAUGGGAAGAGGCCUAUGAACCUAUCUUAACCUGUCAAAUGAACAUAAAUGAGCUAAAAAAAAUCCUGGAUUGUCCUAUGGUAGUUCCAUAUUUCCCUGUUCACACACAAGGAGUUGAGAGGGCAGUAAGAAGGACCUCAUUAAAUUUUAGCAUUCUUUUUCAGUACCUCUAGUAGAGUUAUAAAGAUUGAAAAAUGUGUUUAAUUUUUGCUUUUCAACUUGUAUAACCCUCAUAUAUUAAGUAAGCAUUUAUAAAACCACUUACACUUACGUAAGGGGUUGGGGGGGGUAAGGUUGUUGAAGGAAGGAGCGGUUGAGAACCACUCUAAAUAUUUUAAAACUGUUUUAUAUUUACUGACAUUAUUGAAAUAAGUUUUAAAAGUUUUUUUACCAUCGAUAUAGGAUAAUCUUAGACAUAAUUUGAUUUUGGUCCCCCUCCCCAUUUGAGUUAAUUUUUUAAAACUUAAGGUCAAUUUUUGCAAAUGUUGCCUUUACUCUAAUAAAUUUAUUUAUGUCUUUCUUUAAUGUAUAUAUUUAAUAGCAAAAUAAUCAUAAGGGCCGAGUUUUUUAAACAAAUUUGAAAAGUACGGGAUGCCCUAAUGCACAUAUCAAAUUUCAACGAAAAAAAAAGGGAGCAGAUAGGUUUCAAAGGGUUCUACUACGCAUACUGCAUUUUUUUGGUAGACUUAGUAAAACGUACUUUUGUGGUAUUUCUUUUUAGAAAAAUAUGCAAAUAAAGGUUUCUUUUUGAAAGAAAAAAGGUUUAGCGUGACUUCUAUAUAACUUUUAUGUAUGUUUACUAAACUUCUUUAUGUGUUAUUUUGCUUCAAAUUUUGCAUGAAAAUUUAAACGAUGUUUUCACUUGAAUUUGUAGUAGAAGGAAUGUUGAUCCCAAUCUAUUUAUUAUUUAAAAAAUUUUCUACAUGCAUUUUUUAUGUAAAUGCCAGAAAGUUUUUUUUUUUAAAUAAAAGUAUAAGUAAUAAUUAUUUUUAAAACUAAAUUAUGUUGAUAAAUUUAAAAAUCUUUUUUAAAUUCUUAACGUUUAAGACUAAAACUUCAAUAAAACAGUUGCUUUUGAAUUAAUUGUUAACUCAAUUGAGUUACAAUUGAGAAUACUUUGAUCAAAGUAUCAGUGGACAACUUUAUAAAAACACCAUAAAUAAAUAAGUGUAAAGGUCACAUACUUUAUGUGAUGUUACACUUAUUUAUCUUUACACUUAUUUACUUUAUUAAUAAAAGCCUUGUUAGUGUUUUUAAAAUAUAUUAACAUUAUCUUAUUAUCAUUUUAAAAUAAAACCAUUUAAAUAUUGAUCACAAUAGCCUGUUUAAUAGGCUAUGGUAAAUAAUGAUUAAAAUAUAAAGUAGUAUACAAUUUAUAUAUUCCAUUAUCUCAACAUGUUAAUUAUGAAAUACAAAAAUAAAGUAGUAUACAAUAAAUUAAUGUUAAUAGUCAA